AUGUAUGUUGCAGCCACAAAACAAUAUCAACAACAACCGCCUCAACCCUUUAUUAACGGGGAAAGGAAAAGGAGCAAAAAAGAGCGUCCAAAACCUUUUGGCUCUUCUCUAGUCACAAAUACAGAAAAUUUACAACUUUUCCAAGUUUUGGGAAGAGAUCGUAUUUCUACUAUGGCUGGGGUUGCUCAAUUGUUAGAUGUCCAUCCAAACAGCCCAAAUGUUUGGAGAAAAGUUAAUGUUGGUUUGGCAGUCUUGACAAAGGAUUAUGCUAAAAAACAUUACUCAAUGUGCCUAUAUGACAUUAUGAAUCAAAAAAUUGUUUGGGAUCAAGUUUUAUACAAAAACUUUGAAGCACAAUUUUAUGAGAAAUGUCUACGUUUUAUUACAUUUGAAGGCGAUACUUGUCCAUAUGCAUUAAACUUUUCUGAUUCUGAAGAGGCGGAAAAGUUCAAACAUAUGUUAACAUUAACUAUAAGACGAACUAACAAUCCUAGGAAUGAUUCAGUCAAACCUCUAGUUCAACACCCUCAAAAUUAUGUGCCGUGUUUCGCUAAUCAAUUAUCCCCUACAGCUCCAAAUAAUUUUAAAAAAUCACCAAACCAAAAUGGCUCAAACUUUCAAAUGCCAACAGGAAUAACGAAUAUGGGGACUGUUCCACAUGUUGGCUCAUCUUUGCAACAAUUUUUUUCUCCAAAAAAGAAGAAACAAUCUAAAAAGGAUAAAAAUGCUGGUGGACGUCCACCUCUUACAAAAGAAGAUAUUGGAGCUCCAACUGGCUUUGAGUAUAAAAAUUUUUUCUUUAAAAUUACUUUUUGA